UUGCAGGCAGGUUCCUCACCCUGUGGCCAUGGGUGGCAACAUGGGACAGCUUGGCAUUCAGACCUGUGAGUCCCUGGCCAAGGAUAAACCCUUUGACCCCGUGGAGCCACCCAAGAGACCCACAAGCAACCUCAUCAUGCAUAGCAUGGCCAUGCUGGGCCGGGAGUUCUGCUACGCGGUGGAGGCAGCCUAUGUGACCCCAGUCCUGCUCAGCGUGGGGCUGCCCAAGAGUUUGUACAGUAUGGUGUGGCUGCUCAGCCCCGUCCUAGGCUUCCUGCUGCAGCCCGUGGUGGGAUUAGCCAGCGACCACUGCCAGGCCAGCUGGGGCCGUCGGAGACCUUACAUCCUCACCCUGGGCAUCAUGAUGCUCUUGGGCAUGGCUCUGUACCUCAACGGGGACGCCGUGAUGACAGCUUUGAUUGCUGAUCCAAGAAGGAAGCGGAUUUGGGCCAUAACCAUCACCAUGAUAGGUGUAGUUGUCUUUGAUUUUGCUGCUGACUUCAUUGAUGGGCCCAUUAAAGCCUACUUAUUUGAUGUCUGCUCCCAGGAGGAUAAGGAGAGGGGCCUCCACUACCAUGCCCUCUUCACAGGUUUUGGAGGUGCCCUGGGUUACCUUUUGGGUGGCAUCGACUGGGCUCAUCUGGAGACAGGAAGAGCACUGGGCACAGAAUUCCAGGUCAUGUUCUUCUUCUCCGCUUUGGUGCUCACUCUGUGUUUUAUUAUUCAUCUCUGCAGUAUCCCUGAAGCCCCACUUAGAGAUGUUACAAGGGACAUAUCCCCACAGCAAGCCCCCCAGGACUUUGCAUUGUCAUCAGACAAAAAGUACCAGUAUGGGUCUAUUGAGAAAGUCAAAAAUGGUUCUGUAAACCCAGAACUGGCAUUGCAGGGAGACAAAACCAAAAAUUCUGCUGGACAGUCUAGGAAAGCGAUGACCAUGAAGUCACUGCUGAGGGCGCUGGUGAACAUGCCUCCCCAGUACCACUGCCUUUGCAUCAGCCACUUCAUUGGAUGGACCGCCUUCCUAUCUAACAUGCUCUUCUUCACAGAUUUCAUGGGCCAGAUUGUGUACCACGGGGAUCCCUACAGUGCACACAACUCCACAGAGUUUCUCAUCUAUGAAAGAGGGGUCGAGGUUGGAUGUUGGGGCUUGUGCAUCAAUGCCGUGUUUUCCUCACUUUAUUCUUACCUUCAGAGACCUUUGGGAUCCUACGUAGGGUUAAAGGGUCUUUACUUCCUGGGGUAUUUUCUAUUUGGCCUGGGGACAGGAUUGAUUGGACUUUUCCCGAACGUCUACUCCACCCUGACUAUGUGUACCUUGUUUGGUGUGAUGUCCAGCACUCUGUACACUGUGCCCUUCAGCCUCAUUGCCAAGUACCACCGUGAGGAGCAGGACGAGAAGAGAGAGCAGGCCCCAGGAUGGAGCUUGGACAGUGAUGGGAGAGGGCAGGGCCUGGAUUGCGCUGUCCUCACCUGCAUGGUACAGCUGGCUCAGAUCCUGGUCGGAGGUGGCCUGGGUUUCCUGGUCAACAAGGCUGGGAGCGUCAUCGUGGUGAUCACAGCCUCUGCAGUGUCGCUGAUCGGCUGCUGUUUUGUGGCUCUCUUUGUUAAAUACGUGGACUAGGUCAAUAAACAUUGUCCCUACCCUCAGA